CCACUAAGUAGCUAGGCCAUAAUGUAGGGCUGUCCACAGUGAAGUCCAUGAUAACUGAAAGACAGCCCCACUCGGUCAUGAACCCAAAAAGCACGCUUCUCUAACGCUCUAAUUUGGUCACACUGCAGCGAACAGUGGUAUAGGACCCCGAAAGGCAGGUUUUUACUUUCUUAGGGGCAUUUUCAUUACUUGAGAAAUGGUCUAACAGCCGUUACUCUAGGAUUUAACUGAAAAGUGGUAACCUAAAAAAGACACGGCAAAAUGUGGAUGGUUAUUAUAUCUAAUUAGGCCAAAAAAAAAAAAGAGUGUAUUUCAUAAGAAUCCCUAAAUUAAAUGGUACACAACUUACAAGAGAAAAUAUUGGUAGCAUAAAGUUGUUAGAAAUGAUUUUCAUCAGAGUGUCAUUUGUUCAAAUCAACAACUUAAAAGGAUUCCAACUAAAAAAUGAAUUAGAUCACUCAUCUCCUCCUUCAUUUGUUACUCACUUCCAAUACAAUAUCACUCGGAAACCAUGUGAAACCCAAACAGCCAUUUUUGGUAGUUGAAGGCUAUGACUCCUAACUACUCUCGGAAGCUAACACUGAUAAGCUUUACUUUAUUUCCUCAUUUCAAAAGAAUCCCUUUUGUUGUUCCAUUUCCCUCUCUUCUUACAACACAAGUAACCAUAGAUAACCCACAACAAAGCAGCCAUUCAAGGGAGCAAAAACUCAUCUCUCUCUUCAAGACAUGUUCUACCAUGAUGGAUUUGAAGCAAAUACAUGCCCAGAUCAUACAGACUGGCUUUGGUCAGAACAUCUUCGUGUCUGGUCGGAUCAUCUCAUUCUGCACAGUUUCGGAGGACGGAUCAAUGGAUUACGCGUUUUCAGUCUUCGAACAGAUCGAAUGUCCAGAUGGGUUUCUCCGGAACACCAUGAUAAGAGGUUAUGGGAAGGCAAACCAACCCCGCGAAGCUUUUCUUUUCUACAAGCGGAUGGUAGACAAGUGUGAGGUGCCUGAUAACUUCACCUUCUCUUUCUUGCUCAAGAUAUGCGGGCAGCUGAAAGCGCUUGAAUUGGGCAAGCAGGUUCACUGCUCUACUGUGAAACAUGGCCUGGAUUCUCAUGUCUAUGUCAGGAACACGCUUAUUCACAUGUAUGGCCUGCUCCAUGACCUUGACAAUGCACGUCAGUUGUUCGAAGAAAUAUCUAGACUGGAUUUGGUGUCGUGGAAUACCAUCAUCGACAGCUAUGUCCAUUGUGGCCAAUGCAACGAAGCACUGAGGUUGUUCUCGAGAAUGCAGAGAAGCGGAUUUGAACCAGAUGAAGCCACAUUGGUCAUCAUCCUUUCUGCUUGUUCGGAUUUGGGUGAUUUGGAUUUUGGAAGAUGGGUCCAUUCUCGGAUCAAUGGUACUGGACUUGAUCGCAUCAUUUCGGUGUCAAAUUCUUUGAUUGAUAUGUAUUCAAAAUGUGGAGCAAUUGAUAAAGCACGUCGAGCCUUUGAUGCAAUGAAUCAGAAAAAUGUAGUUUCUUGGAAUGCCAUGAUAUUAGGACUUGCUAUGCAUGGCUACGCGGAUGAAGCGUUAGAUGUCUUCUCUAGAAUGAAGAAAUGGGAAUUCGGAGUGCCCAAUGAGGUUACCUUCCUUGGUGUUCUGUGCGCAUGUAGUCACAGAGGAAUGGUGGAUGAAGGGAGAAGGUAUUUUGAUAGCAUGAGAAGGGAUUAUCAUAUCAGACCCACAAUAAAGCACUACGGUUGCAUGGUUGAUAUUCUUGGACGAGCAGGCCUUGUGGACGAUGCUUAUGAACUGAUAAGAAGCAUGCCCAUGGACUGCAAUGCCAUCGUGUGGCGGGCAUUAUUGGGUGCCUGCCGUGUUCACGGGAACAUCAAACUGGGGGAGCGUGUGCGGAGGCAUCUUCUAGAGCUGGAGCCAAACCACAGUGGGGAUUAUGUUCUUCUAGCAAACAUGUAUGCAAGUGCUGGCCAAUGGAACGAAGUGACAAGAGUGAGAGAGGCAAUGAGAAACAGAGGAGUUCAGAAACCAGAGCCAGGUAACAGCCUCAUUGAGGUACAUCCAACAAUUUGGCUUGAGUCAGAAUCAACCAGAAAAUGGAAUGAAGCAGUUGGUACUAUAAAAACAUGAGUUUAUGCGUGCAUUUCCUUCUUGAGUAAAUUCAGGGGAAAAAAAAAA